AUGGUAAUUAACGAGACGAUUAAUCUUGAUGUAAAACUUGAUGUCCAAAACGAUCCUGCCCAUCGGUACAAGACGGUUCGAGUGGAGUGGAGCCCUUUGUAUGCUGGACUACGCACAUUUAUCGAACAUUUCCCAGUGGUAUUCCAUCGAGAUAAUGUGCAUAGGCUGUCGAUUAGCAACGUCGAUCAUGACUGGAAGUUCAUUUCCAAUGAAAUGAAUGGCUUGGAGAUUCCCGUAACAUGGUUCUCCGCAUCAACUGACGAUAUCCACCUCCAGAAGCUUAUCAACAACUGUUCUAGUGGAUUAUUGAGUUAUGAGAAUAUUCACACUGACAAUUCUUCAUGGCUUCGCCAAAUUCUCUGCGUCCAUCGAAACCAGUUGGAAGUGUACCAAACAUGUUCCGUUUCCAACUUGCUAAUAGUAAGCACCAAUAGUGAGAAUGUGACAUUGUGGGAGCCGAAUACUGCCAAGGAUCUCAAUCUCUUCCUGAAACAUUGGAUGCAGGGAUCCAAUGGAAGACUCGAACGUUUGGAAGCUAUUAUUGGAGAAGGAAAUGCUGAGCAUCAAUUUGCUGAAUUACUCAACGGCAUGGAUUUUAUUAUCGACUCUCCAGAGGAAAGAAGGAUCCAAAAUUGCAAUGGCAAAUUUGCAAUCAUAUACAUUGAAAAUGGAAACGUGUCAAUGGAUGUUGUGGAGGAAUGA